AUGGCCCAAGCCAACGUAGCUACGAUGUCGAUGGCCACGACGCCAUCGUCGCAGACUGCUGCACCGUCUGCAGGUGAUUUGCUCGAGAUGCAAGAGUAUCAUAGGAUUGUGCGCUUACGCGAUGCCAUCUUGGCCGGCACCCAUCCUCGUAUCAAGGUCCCAGCUCCGCUUGGAGGGAAGCUUGCAGGCGGUCAGCAGGCUACUGGAUCACCCAGGGCCUCGGCGACGACAACAAAAGGCCCGCAGAAGGCGUUUGCCGCAGAUAAUCUGCAGUCCUACAGAGCGAACUCUCAGCAAUCAGCUGUUGCAGUUCCAGGCGUGGCCACGGCGCCCUCGACCGCAGGCGUAUCGAAGCCAUCCGGCUUGAGCGCUCCCCAGAUCGAUCCACUGCUGCUCACCAAGUCGCAAGAGCUCAUCAAAGCCGAGUUCCAGUUGCAGCGGCAGAGACUCGAGAGGGCCCUGCGGGAAGAGCUUGAUGAACGUGCCAUCAAUAAAUCCGCAGAGCAGGCGGCUGACUUUGACCUCUCUGACAUACUGGCCAAGGCUCUCACUCUCGUGCAGGCCACUGCUCCACCACUGACUGACGCCGACAUGGCUGCUAACGCAUCUGACUCAAGCGACUCGUUCGACGAGAAUACCUUCUACUCCAGUCAGCAUGACACUCCCGAACCUUCCCCCAGGCCUGAAGCUCACGCGGCCGCAGAGGACGCCCGGAUGCCAGAUAUCGCACCCACACGUCUUGAUGACCGGCCCGCCGGCCCAGCCACUGCAGCCGCUCCCACGCCCGAGCAGAAUCUAGCCCCUUCCCCCUUCCUUUCCAGAGCCACCGAGCCUCACACCGUGCCCUCUGCCGAGCGCCCAGGUAAUGCCAUGCCAACUGUCGGAGCCCACGGCGGUGUGCUGGAUGCUACUAAUCCGUACGCGUCCAAAUUUUACCCGUCCUACUUUGGUGAAAGUUCUACCACAGCCGGACAGUUGCUGGGAAGAGACGCGUUGCACGCACAGGUUGUCAGCUCCAACGGAAGUGGCUCUGCUAGUAGAUCUGAGGAAUCUGGUAAUGCAGCUUCGGAACAACGUGCUGAUCACAACCAAUUUCAGACGUCACAUCAAGCUCUUCCGAAUCACCACCCAUAUGGCCAUGAUCAACCCGUCAUCCGGGCCCAUGAUCUCUCGCCUUAUGCUCCCCAACCAGCUCAUGUAUCGCCGCUCGCUACAGCACGACAGCAGCCUAUACCUGACCCUGAAAUAACCAUACUACAAGGCGCUCCUGGCCCUGUGGCGGCUUUGCGACAAGAGCAAGGAUUUGGUACCAGCCCGGAGAGCUCUCCCCAAGGCGAGAAGAGUGGCAGGAAGAAGAACAAGAGGAAGAAUAAGCGAAAAGCAGCCGACGCCCCAGCAGCGGACCGCCCCCUGUCGCCGUAUAUCAAGCCAGAGCCACGCUCUCCGUCGCCUGUCACUACUCCGCAGUUCGCGCGCCCUCACAAGCGGCAGCGCCCCCUCAACCGCUCUCAGCAUGAGCUGAACUACGAUGAAGCCAGAGGGACCCAGCCGGUUCAGACCAUACAUGACGAUUACAUCCCCAGGCCCGCCCGGGAAUACGAGAGGGUAUAUGACCCAUAUCGGCCCGAGAUACGCCACUCGGUUGCCCCAAGCGGUCAGCGCAUAGAGCGUCCUGUGUAUGAGGAGCGAAGACCGGAGGAGGCAGUGCAAUACGUUCGUCGCGUGCACUCUCCAGGCUAUGUUCCUCAGUAUGCUCCAGGUGAGGCCCGCCCAAUGCGCUCAGCGACAUACUCUGUAGCAGAUCCGAUCUAUCGAGAGGCGCCUCCGUACCAUCCAGAAGGACGUAUGAGCGUGCGACCUAUCGCGGACCACCUGCGCUCCCGUUCCCCUGUCAUGGUAGACGCUCGCCAACCUGCCAUGGCACCUCCGCGCCCCCCGACUCGCAUAGUUGUUGACCGCUAUGGACGUGAGUACAUUGAGCCACCUCCGCCUCCCAUGACUAGGCAUUCAGUUGCACCGGCUGCGAGAUUAGCAGAACCUGAAGUGGUCUACGAGCAAGCACCCUUGCGUGCUGCUACCCGCAUGCCAGGUCCUGAAACAUUUGAGAGAGACGGCGUUAUCUAUAGACGGGCCUCUCCUGUGUCCGCUCCUCGACGAGUUGUUACGCAGCCGGAGUAUGGGGCUCCUGAUUACCGUGAAUAUCGACAGCGGGAUUAUUCGGCACGGCCUGUGGCUACCACCGCUCCUGGGCAGGAGUUUGUCCAGUAUCGAAGCGAUGGGCGACCACCGCCAGAGGUAGCAGAGUUCGGUGCCAGACCCAUCAGUGUUCGACCUCCGGAACACGUCCGCUACGAGUACCCGCCCCCUCGCGUAUCUAGCGUUCGACCUGACAUUCCACUCCGAGAGUACGCUGCAAGUGUUCACCCCGAGGCGAGACGUGAAGUCGCGCCUGUCUAUCGCGAAUACAGCGUGAGACCCGCAGCUGAGCCAGAUAUGCAUCGUCGCGAAUUUAGUGUUCGCCCCGUAGAGCGCUAUUAUGAUCGCCCUGUGGUUGCGAACGACGAUGUACAGUUCAUCGAACAGCAGCCACGUACCGUUCACCGGGAGAUAAUUUACGAAGAUGGGCGAAGAGAACUAUACCGGUGA